CACUCCCCUUCACCGCACCAACUGCAUUCCCCUGGAGUGUGGCUCGCGUCAUUACGGUGAAGCUAGUGGCAUCGCCGGCUUUCCUUCACCUCCGCGCUCGCCUGCGCCUGGUCGUGUCGCCAUUGUCAGACCUCCCCGCCACCUGGGCGGCCUUCGAGAUCCAUCCACGUCGCGCGAGAUCGCCGGGCGACAUACAAGGACGACACCCAGUUGCGCAUAUCGAGGCAGAACUGAGAAGAGCAGAAGAGCGAUUACAUAGCGCGAGCCGCCUGUAGAUCUCUGGAGGGUUGGACAUUCAACUAUUGCUCACCCUGGAGCAUCCGCCACCAUGGCCGACUACGAAUACGAUGUGGAGGAUGAAUACUAUGACGAAGAUGACCCCAUAAUCACGGCUGAAGACUGCUGGACCGUCAUCACUUCCUUUUUCGAUACCAAGGGUCUAGUUUCUCAGCAGCUCGAUUCCUAUGAUGAAUUCACCCGCAACACCAUCCAGGAUAUUGUUCGCGAGAACGGCAAUGUAAUCCUCGACCAGAACACCCCUUAUAAUCCCGAUGACGGUGGCUCUCCCAUUCUCAAACGCCGGUACCAGAUCUCUUUCGGCCGCGUCUUCCUGGCCCGUCCGAGCCAUACGGAAGGCGAUGGGACAACACAGUCAUUGUACCCCCAUGAAGCACGCCUGCGGAAUCUCACAUACUCUGGGGCCAUGUUGGCCGAUAUCACUAGCAAAGUUAGCGUUGCCAGGGAAGCCCCGGUGGGCAUGACGGAUGGGGACGACGAUGACGAAGAGAUUGAAGGCAUAGGAGGGGUCCGGACGGGAGUGAAGUGGGAGGUUGAAGACACUGGUGAUAUGGGAGACGCUGAGGCGAAGGUGUUCAUUGGAAAGUUGCCAGUCAUGCUCCGGUCCGAGCUGUGUUGGUUGAGGAACCAAACAGAUGAAGCGCUCUUCGCACUCAACGAAUGCCCCUACGAUCAGGGCGGAUACUUCGUUAUCAACGGCAGUGAGAAGGUUCUGAUCGCUCAGGAGCGGAGCGCCGCGAACAUCGUACAGGUGUUUCGGAAGAAGCAAGGGCCUAUCCCCUGGACAGCGGAGAUUCGCAGCGCAGUUGAGAAGGGCACCCGCCUCAUCUCCACCUUCAACAUCAAAUGGGCUGAAAACUCCCUGAUACAGAAGCGAACACCAGGGCCUUUCUGCUAUGCUAUGCUGCCUUACAUCAAGACAGAUGUCCCCAUGGCCAUAGUAUUCCGCGCUUUGAACGUCAUCUCGGAUGAAGACAUUCUUAAUCACAUUGUUUAUGAUAAGAACGACACGCAGAUGCUGGAGUUACUCAAACCCAGCAUUGAGGAGGGCUUGACAAUCCAGGAACGCGAGAUUGCGUUGGACUGGAUUGCAAGGCGCGGAAAUAACACCGGUACAAGGGAUGCUCGACUCAAGUUUGCGAAAGCCAUCAUGCAGCGUGAAUUCCUCCCUCACAUCUCCCAGAGGGAAGGGCAGGAGACCAAGAAAGCUUUCUUCUUCGGAUACAUGAUCCACCGCCUGCUCCAAUGUGUUCUCGGCCGUAGGGAUGAGGAUGACCGAGAUCAUUUUGGAAAGAAGCGAUUGGACCUUGCUGGACCUUUGAUUGCGAACUUGUUCCGGAUUCUAUUCCUCAAGCUCACAAAAGAUCUGUUCAAGUAUCUCCAGAGAUGUGUGGAAAACAAUCAGGAGUUUAACAUUCAGAUGGGUGUGAAGGGCAGCAUCAUCACCAACGGCCUCAAGUACUCCCUUGCGACUGGAAACUGGGGCGACCAGAAGAAGGCAGCGUCGGCUAAGGCCGGUGUUUCUCAGGUGCUCAACCGAUACACGUAUGCUUCGACGCUAUCGCAUCUGCGCCGAACUAAUACACCUGUCGGUCGAGAUGGCAAACUGGCAAAGCCGCGCCAGCUACACAAUACUCACUGGGGCUUGGUCUGUCCUGCCGAGACUCCAGAAGGGCAGGCGUGUGGUCUGGUGAAGAACUUGUCGCUCAUGUGCUACGUCAGUGUUGGUAGCGAGAGUACGCCCAUCACAGAUUUCAUGAGCCAGCGGAACAUGGAACUUCUUGAGGAGUACGAUCCUGUACAGAACCCGACAGCCACCAAGGUGUUCGUAAAUGGCGUCUGGGUCGGCGUGCACUCGAACCCUUCUCAGCUGGUGAAGGUCGUCCAGGAGCUACGACGCAAUGGCACUCUCUCAUAUGAGAUGAGCUUGAUCCGUGAUAUCCGCGACCGAGAGUUCAAGAUUUUCACAGAUGCCGGGCGUGUCAUGAGACCGCUCUUCGUGGUGGAAACGGACUACGCCAAGCCGAACAGGGGAAGCUUGGUGCUCAAUAAGGGUCAUAUCCAAAAGCUUCUGGAGGACCGAGAUAUUGAUACGUCCGGUAUGAAUGAUGAGGAUACCAAUGCGGUCAAAUUUGGCUGGAAAGGCCUCAUCCACAAUGGUGUGGUGGAAUAUCUGGAUGCUGAGGAAGAAGAGACUGCCAUGAUUAUCAUGACGCCCGAGGAUCUCGACGAACAUCGAGAACUGAUGCAAGGUAUCCCGCCAGCGGAAACAUCAGCACCGGACCGCCACAAGCGAAUCAAGCCCAAACCCAAUCCGUCCGUCAAAACAUAUACGCACUGCGAAAUUCACCCCAGUAUGAUUCUUGGUAUCUGUGCCAGUAUCAUUCCUUUCCCGGACCACAAUCAGUCGCCCCGUAACACCUACCAGUCCGCAAUGGGCAAGCAAGCCAUGGGCGUCGCUCUCACGAACUACGCCUUGCGCAUGGAGACAAUGAUGAACGUUCUGUACUAUCCUCAAAAACCACUGGCGACCACUCGAUCUAUGGAAUACUUGAAAUUCCGUGAGCUACCUGCUGGCCAGAACGCUAUUGUGGCAAUUGCCUGUUAUUCCGGGUAUAACCAAGAAGAUUCCGUCAUUAUGAACCAGAGUAGUAUCGAUCGAGGCCUUUUCCGCAGUCUGUUCUAUCGCGCCUACACGGAGCAGGAGAAGCGGAUCGGUGUCAAUGUUCUGGAGCAGUUCGAGAAGCCGUCCAAAGUCGACACGCUGCGUAUGAAAGGAGGCACGUACGACAAGUUGGACGAUGAUGGUGUUGUUGCCCCUGGUGUGCGUGUUUCCGGAGAAGAUAUCAUCAUCGGAAAGACUGCACCUAUUCCUCCAGAUGCUCAGGAACUGGGACAGAAGACCAUCUUGCAUACCAAGCGUGACGUCUCAACCCCUCUGCGUGCAACGGAAAACGGGAUUGUGGAUCAGGUGCUGUUCACGACCAACACCGAGGGUCUCCGCUUCGUCAAGGUGCGUACACGGACAACCAAGAUUCCGCAAAUUGGCGACAAAUUUGCAUCGCGCCACGGACAGAAGGGUACCAUAGGUAUCACUUAUCGCCAAGAGGAUAUGCCUUUCACGAGGGAAGGUUUGACGCCGGACCUCAUCAUCAACCCGCACGCGAUUCCUUCUCGUAUGACAAUCGCACACUUGGUCGAGUGUCUGUUGUCCAAGGUUGGAGCUCUCAAGGGUGCUGAGGGCGAUGCCACCCCCUUCACGGAUGUCACAGUCGAGAGCGUGUCCAAGCUUCUAGUGGAGCAUGGCUACCAGCAACGUGGCUUCGAGGUCAUGUACAAUGGCCACACUGGAAAGAAGCUGCGUGCUCAGAUCUUCUUGGGUCCGACAUAUUACCAGCGUCUCCGCCACAUGGUGGAUGACAAGAUCCACGCACGCGCCCGAGGGCCCUUGCAAAUCCUCACUCGUCAACCUGUGGAAGGUCGUGCUCGAGAUGGCGGUCUCCGCUUUGGAGAAAUGGAACGCGAUUGCAUGAUUGCUCAUGGUGCGGCUGCAUUCCUGAAGGAGCGCUUGUUCGAGGUCUCGGAUGCGUAUACAGUCCACGUCUGCGACAUUUGUGGGUUGAUGACACCCGUUGCACAAAUCAAGAAGAACCUCUACGAGUGCAGGCCGUGCAACAACAAGACGCAGAUCUCUCAGAUCCAGCUCCCGUACGCCGCCAAGCUGCUCUUCCAGGAGUUGAUGGCCAUGAACAUUGCCACUCGCAUGUUUACCACGCGUACCGGUAUCAGUGUCAGAGAUUAGGAAUAAGUAGUACACCUUUUGCCGAUUCUGCGGCUCUAUACCCACUUUUUAGCUGCCGUUUACACGGCUUCAAGAUGUGAAAAAUUCGUCCGCAGUUUUUUGCAUGGCCCUUGGCGUUUUUUGAUUUCAGGCUUGGUGGGGGUAUAUAUUUAUCUUAGGAUUACGGUGCCUGGUUUCCGGCAUCUUUUGGAGACGCGUUUUUGUGCUAUCAAAUUCUUUCGGAUUCGUAUCUUAGAGCAGACGUAUCAUAAAAUCAGUGAAUUGGCUUGUUCCUUGGAAAGGCCUGGCCUGCGGCGAGGAUGCACAAAGUGUAAAGUCAAUUGUACCCUCUUCUUCGAUCCAAGGCAUGGUCGAUAAGAUAGAUAAAUAAAUGAG